AUGAUGGCCUCUUCAGUCCUCCUCGUCUUACUGCAGCUCUGCAGCCUCCAGCUGAUGGUGUAUGCCAGGCCAACCUGCCAGCUGCAGGAAAAUGUGGUCAAGAACACCCAUCACCUGCUCAGAGACCUGGGGGGGCCGUUUCCUGUCCACUGCCUGCAGUACAAUGUCAACAUCUCCUUCCCAGACUCCGAAAUCCCUACCGCCACAGCCAGUCACCCUCAGUGCCGCCGGGCAUUAUUGGUGGUUUAUGAGUCACUUCAAGGGAUGCAGCUAAUGUUUGAGGACAAUGAGUUACCUGUCGGAGAGGGCGGAGUCACCUGGGACGAUACGAUACUCAACACCUUCCGGAACCUGCAGAACCGACUGCUGGAGGAGGGAAGCUGUUUGUCCUCAGUUGAUGGCCCAGGUGUGUUAUCUUCUUACUUCAGUAACGUGACAGCUGUUGUGCAGCAGCAGGACAGCGCUGCCUGCGGUUGGAUGGCUCUGAGGAGAGAUGUUCUCAGGGUCCUAAAGACCACCCUGCAGAAACACCACAGCUGUUUCACCCGGACAUACUGA